GGCUGAGGUGCCACACCAGAUCUGAGUGACCACACUGCCUGCACUUCUCUGCACACAGGACCAGCCACUGUUGAACAUGAGUUCACAGCAGCAAAAACAACCCUGCACCGAAGUUCCCCAACUGCAUCAGCAGCAGGUGAAACAGCCUUGCCAACCUCCACCCCAGGAGCCGUGCGCCCCCAAAACCAAGGAGCCAUGCCACCCCAAGGCACCUGAGCCCUGCCACCCCAAGAUGCCUGAGCCCUGCCACCCCAAGGCGCCUGAGCCCUGCCACCCCAAGGCACCUGAGCCCUGCCACCCCAAGAUGCCUGAGCCCUGCCACCCCAAGGCACCUGAGCCCUGCCACCCCAAGAUGCCUGAGCCCUGCCACCCCAAGGCACCUGAGCCCUGCCACCCCAAGAUGCCUGAGCCCUGCCACCCCAAGGCGCCUGAGCCCUGCCCCUCAAAGGUCACUCCAGCACCAGCUCAGCAGAAGCUAAAGUAAAGCGGUCCACAGCCUCACCCUCAAGGGGUUGGCAAUUGAUGCAGCACUUCCUUUCCCAUUCUGCUUAUGAGUCCUGUCAGCCUUGUAUCUGCAUGCUGUGACCCUGAGUCCUAGUCCCUCUCUGAAAACAAGGGCUGUGAAGAUUUCCUUCCCGCAUACUUGGGAUUUCUGGGCCUCUGAAUUAGCCUGAGGAGCUCAGUGCUGAGCUGGUUUCCAUCCAUGUAGAUUUAUCUACAGAGGGACUUACAGUGAAAGCAAGUGAUUCCUUUCUGCCAUGCCCCCAUUA